AUGGCUGUCUGUGAUGUUCGGUUUUACAAUAUUAUAAUCUUAGGAUUAUCUUUUAUGUUCAUUUUCACAGCUUUUCAAACAUGUUCAAUGAUAGAGGCUUCAACCUUAAUAGUUUGGACUAUUGCCACUAAUUUGGGGAUUAUAUACGCUGUGUUUUCAGCUUCUAAUUGGGCAGCCCCAUCAUUCGUUAACUUUGCUGGAGCAAAACUAUCCAUGUUGCUCGGAGCUUCAUUAUACUUUUUGUUUAUUUUGUCCUUCUUGAAACCUAUGACAUGGGCUUUAUAUCUUGGAUCUGUUUUAGUGGGCUUCGGAGCAGCUAUUUUGUGGACUGGUCAAGGUAAUUUCCUUACAGUGAACUCUGAUUCUGAAACAAUUUCUAGAAAUAGUGGAAUAUUUUGGGCUCUACUACAAUGCAGUUUAUUAUUUGGCAACAUGUACUCGUAUUUUGUAUUUAAAGGAAGUUCAGAGAUAUCAGCAGAUCAGAGAACUAAUUUAUUUCUGGGUUUAUGUGGUGCAGCUGUAUUGGGCUUAUUAUGUUUAUUAUUAUUAAGAAAAAAGAUUCCUAGUAACAGAAGAUUUGAAGGUUCUACAGAUAACGAAGCUUCUGUUAAUCUUAAUUCUAGUGAAGCUUCCACAUCAUCUCAGUCUAGUCCAUCAGCUUUAGAGGGUUUAAAAACAGCCUUCAGGUUGGCAAAAACCAGGGAGAUGAUAUUAUUAAGUUUUACUUUUGCCUAUACAGGUCUAGAACUGACUUUUUUUAGUGGUGUAUAUGGAGCCUGUAUAUCACAUAAUUUACAUUAUGGUGCCAAUAGAAAUGGUUUAGUAGGUUUAUCAGGAAUGUUUAUCGGUGUUGGUGCCAUUUUAGGGGGUGGAAUAUUUGGCAUAUUUGGUAAAAAAACCAAUAAGUAUGGUCGUGAUCCAGUGGUAAUAAUGGGUUAUUUAAGUCAUAUGAUAGCAUUCUACCUCAUCUAUAUUAAUAUACCUGAAAAUUCUCCUCUAGUUGAUACUGAACUACCUACUUUUAUAGAAUCUAAUGAUAAAUUGGCAUUAUUUUGUAGUUUUUUGUUAGGAUUUGCUGACAGUUGUUUUAAUACUCAGUUAUAUUCAAUAUUAGGUUUUAUGUAUCCUGAUGAUAGUUCAGCAGCCUUUGCUCUGUUUAAAUUUGUUCAGUCUGUAUCAACAGCUAUAGGUUUCUACUAUAGUUUAGCUUUACAUUUAGAAUGGCAGUUAUUGAUACUAGUUAUAACAGGGACUAUUGGUACACUCACUUUUAAUAUUAUAGAAUGGGAAAAUAAUGCAGGGACCAGAGAAGGCUAUCAAACUAUAUGA